UUACUCUCUCUUACCGGUGUAAAUUCGACCCGAGACCUGGUUCAAUAUAUAUUUAUUCUGAUUUUGCAGGAGAGUUGCAAGAAAUCAUUAGUUUGUGUUACUGUUAGUAUUUCAUGUCUCUUGUGUAAAUCUUAUAAAGAUUAUAAUUCUUCCGUUCUCUGUGAUAAAGAUUUAACCUUUUCCCAUUUAAUUGUAAUUAUAUUCUUCUUUCAAUAGACUCAUUCAACUACCACUGCAUGGUGGGGUGAAUGGCAGAAGGGACCUUGUUAGCUGGUUUUGAUUGUCCCUUUGCAGAGCUUCCGGGUCAUGUAUUGAUAGAGAUCUUGAUCCGUGUUCCGGUUGUGGAGUGGGGGCAGCUAUCGUGUGUUAAUAAGUACUGGGCUAAUUUGUUUCGCGAGGAAUGCUUGUGGCACGCUGCUCUUGCCAGGUGUUUCCCUUUAUCUGGUCAUCGUAAAAGGUGGCCUGGCCCUAUUCCUCGCGGAAUCAGUAAAAGGAGGUUUGUUGCUCUGUAUGUGAGUAAAUUCAUCAUGUUGCCGGUAGAAGAAGAAGAUGAUGAACUAAGUGAGAUUGUAGGUCAUACAUACUUGUUCUUAAAAGAGCAGCUUCACAUUUCAACCAUGCCUCCUCCAUCUGGGAUACUUCAUGGAACUAUUAUAGGUGCAGAUCAGUUUAUAGCGUGUGGAAAGUCAAGGGACAGGGCACAUGAGCUUGGUUGUAUGAUUUGGUUGGGUGUUAUUGAAAAUUUGGAGGACAAUCAUCGCACCUUUCUGUUACUGAAACGUCUUGCAAUGGAGGGAGGAGAUCAUGUGGUGUUUCUGGCAUAUCCGUAUUCGAGGUCGCACCGAGUUGAGUGGAAGAUAUACGAGAGGCUUCUGACAGAUUUUAGAGACUGCAUGAGUAAUGAAGAAUACUAUGAUUUAUUAGGUUGUGCAAAACAAAAGUUUCAGGCAAUACCAGCAACAUGGCUAGGCCACUGAAGGCAACAGUAAUAGUGUUAUUAAUGUGAAUGUAUUAUUAGUAUGAAUGUAUGAUGUUUGUUGGUGAAUGAAGAAACAUCAUGUGAAUAUAUAAUGAGAUUUUAGCUUUCAGACAAGCAAGCAGGAAUGAUUUUAGCUCUCU